AUGCUACAUGCUUCCACUGCUAAUUCUUCGGCCAUAGCUCGCACAUUUACAACUGCAGGCAUGGCCGACGUGGAUGUCGAACCCACGACGAAGCCCAACAACAUAAUGCAACCAUCCCAAACCUCCCAUCUUCCCGCAACAGAGACUGAGAUAUCCACGCCCCAUCAAGCUAUGACCUUGCGAAACACUUGCCAAAAGCGCCCGAUUAGCCCGACUUCACUUCCUGUUCAGCCUCUGAAGAAACAACGCAAGAUGCCUAAGUCACAUGCUAUCUUGAGUGAUACAGAAGACAAAGAAGACCAGUUGAUGAAGGAUCAAGAGGUUAUCACAGUGGCCGUGAGGAAUGUUAAAGGGAAGGCAAGAGCGAAGGAUGAAACAGAAGACACAGAUACUAAAGGAAGACCUGUGCUUCCAACUAUUAUCAUGACGAAAGCAUCUGAGACAUCGACCAGUUCUCAACUGCCGAAACGCGCUUGGGAUUGUGCUGGGUGCUUGCAGGCAGAAGUUCCUUGUCUCCCUGGUAUCGGCAAACGCAGCAAAAAACCAAUUAGCACAUGCACAUGCUGCCACAAGAGCAAGCUCAAAUGCAGGCCACUCAUAGAUAAUGCUGGCAGCAAGCCCGCCAACACCACUAGCCAGCCAGAGAUAGCUGGGAAAUGUGUUACUCGGUCAACGUCCAAUGCGAAAACAACCAAAUCGACUACAACGAGUGCACACACACAUGCCUCAGCACUCAUGGAUGCACCUACACCUCUUGGUUCGUCAUCUGCUGCUGGUCCAACAGAUACUCUAGAGUUAUCUCCCUGUGUGACGGACUGUCUCACGUCAAAGACAGCCGACAAUGCGUUCACGAUCGCUGAGGGCAACACCAUGCCGAUGCCUUACACGCCUGUCAAUCAAACUGUGUCUCUGCCCGACCAUGAUCAGGUCAUGGAGAACACGACUGCAGAGGCUCGCAUGACAUGCGAAGUUGCUGCAACCAGUGAAGUUGCUGGGACUACCAUAGUUGACGGGAUGGCCGAACAGAGAAUCGCUCGGUUAGAACAACAGGUAGCUUUGUUGGAUCAAGCCACCCGUCUUCAAAAAAUUGAAUUGGACACCACACGUGCAUCACUCAAUGGCUUAUGUCAUGCACACAUUCCUGACAAUCCAAUGUUUCCUGCACCCACAUCAUCUCGAUCAGAUAUCACCUUACCACCGGCCGGCGGUUGGCAGCAGGUGACUGAUGAGAUCAUCAAUAGUGUAAUUUUCGGCAGCCUAUCUCAUCAAUUGCAAAACUGGCCAGAACCAGGACCAUCGGCAAUGCCAGGGGACUCAAUAUCAGCGAUUAUGGGAGUGGCAGGCGAGAUGGUGUCACCAGAGAGGCAAUGGGAGGCCGACCUCCUAGCACAGCAGGAUGUCAUUGCGGGAGGAACUGAUGGAUCGGAGUCACAAGUCACACAAACUCUAGUACAUUCUCCUGAGGUCCAAUCCAUCACCUCUCAUUUGUUUGGAGCAUCUGUGACACCUGGGAUGGCUGCAGUGCAAGAACCAUUGACAGGAGGUCUUUCUGAGCUUGUUAAAGGUUUGACAGUGGGUGAAAAUUUCCCAGGCCGCUCAGAUUCUGAUCAACAAGUAUCUACGCACCAAUAG